UCGCACGGCCGCGGCCGCGGGACGCUCGCUCUUCACGCCUUCCGGCCUCUUGGGCAGACUCGCCGCCCUCGCGGCCGCGCCAUGGACGCCGCGAAGCAGGUGGUCAACUUCGGGCCUGGGCCCGCCAAGCUGCCGCCCUCGGUGUUGUUAGAGAUACAAAAAGAAUUAUUAGACUACAAAGGAGUUGGCAUUAGUGUUCUUGAAAUGAGCCACAGGUCAUCAGAUUUCACCAAGAUUAUUAGCAAGACAGAGAAACUUUUGCGGGAAUUGUUAGCUGUUCCUGACAACUACAAGGUGAUCUUUGUGCAAGGAGGUGGGUCUGGCCAGUUCAGUGCUGUCCCCUUAAACCUGAUUGGUCUGAAAGCAGGAAGGUGUGCUGACUAUGUGGUGACAGGAGCUUGGUCAGCUAAGGCUGCAGAAGAAGCUAAGAAGUUUGGAACUGUGAAUAUCGUCCACCCUAAACUUGGAAGUUAUACGAAAAUUCCAGAUCCAAGUACCUGGGACCUCAGCCCGGAAGCCUCCUAUGUAUAUUAUUGCGCAAAUGAGACCGUGCACGGUGUGGAGUUUGACUUCAUACCUGAUGUCAAGGGAGCAGUACUGGUUUGCGACAUGUCCUCAAACUUUCUAUCUAAGCCAGUGGAUGUUUCCAAGUUUGGUGUGAUUCUUGCUGGGGCCCAGAAGAAUGUUGGCCCUGCUGGGGUCACCGUGGUAAUCGUCCGUGAUGACCUGCUGGGGUUCGCCCUCAGAGAGUGCCCCUCCGUCCUGGAAUACAAGGUGCUGGCUGGAAACAACUCCUUGUAUAACACGCCUCCAUGUUUCAGCAUCUAUGUCGUGGGCUUGGUCUUGGAGUGGAUUAAGAACAACGGAGGUGCCGCAGCCAUGGAGAAGCUAAGCUCCAUCAAAUCCCAAAUGAUUUAUGAGAUUAUUGAUAAUUCUCAAGGCUUCUACGUGUGUUUGGUGGAAUCCCAGAAUAGAAGCAAGAUGAAUAUUCCGUUCCGCAUUGGCAGCGCCAAAGGAGAUGAUGCUUUAGAAAAAAGAUUUCUUGACAAAGCUCUUGAGCUCAAUAUGAUCUCCUUGAAAGGGCAUAGGUCUGUAGGCGGCAUCCGGGUCUCUCUGUAUAAUGCCAUCACGAUCGAAGAUGUUCAGAAACUAGCCGCCUUCAUGAAAAAUUUUUUGGAGAUGCAUCAGCUGUGAAUACAUCCUAACCAGCAUAUGCUCUGCCCCUGAGCAACAUACAGAAUUUAAAGUAACUUGAGGAUGGCUGCAAAAAGUUAACAAACACGGUUUUUUUUCCUCAAAUGAACGUGCUUAUGAUAGAUUCUUCUUUUUUCAAAGAACAACAGCAAAAUAUCCACAGCUCUGCAAAACUGGUGGGACCUAACAGCUGCCUUAAUUCUGGCUUGAACUGGAAGCAUUUUUAAAUCUUCCUGUUGCUUUUCUGAUGAAUUCCUGCUUAUUUUGUCUCUCCUACCUUUUCUAGCUAGAUCUCAAGUAUUCAGACUUGCCUGUGGUGUUAAUAAGUUGCAAUUCAUCAAUUGCUGGAGUCCUGGGAACACACAGCAUGGAGGAUAGGUGGGGUCUACCAGGUGAUGAAUCUCGACAGCAGUGGGGUCUCCUCUGUCCUGCAGCUGUCAACAUUGACCCAAGUUGGGUGAGUGGAGUGUUUAGGAGGACCAGGCAAAAGAGAGCAAACUCUUUAUACUGUUAUACUCACAAUGAGAGAAAGGCGACAUGCUAUAUAUAUGUUACUAUAGCAAGGUCUGUUUUUAAUCCAUAUACUUUAUAUCUCUAUGCAUUUAUAUUUCUAACAAUACGGUUCUCAGUGGUACAUGUGGAGACCUAGAAUUUGUUAAAUCCUUGACCUUGUUCAUUAUAGCAUUCCAUUAGCAACGUUGUACCCACUUCCCAUUUUCCCCCUCCUGUUUUUAAGCUGAUUCACAAAAAGAAAUUCUUGAUUCAUUUUUUACUCUUCUCUCUGUAGGUGGAAGAGAAGGUUGGUUGGUUUGCUCUUAAUUAAGUCAUUAAACUGAAAAGUUCUGUUACACACCCUUGUUUUUUGUUCGCUUGACUGUUUUCUCUGUAGUGUGUGACCAGAGUGAUACUUUGAAUUCCAGAUCUUUGCUGAGAAGUCUUUCCCCCUAUUGUUUGUUGUCAGUAUUUUAUGUUGAAUAUGUUAAGAAUAAAGUCCUCAAACAUCCAAUUCCUUA